GCUGUGGACGCGCGGACGAUGUGACGACACCCACGGCCUCUAGACAGCCGAGCAAUGAGCGGCGGACGCCCCCGGACCACCUCCUUUGCUGAGGGUAACGCCAAACCUCCAAACCCUGCCCCCGGAGGCAUGAAAAUAAGUAAUUUAGGUAAGGACGGCAGCAAAGUGACGACGGUGGUGGCGACUCCUGGGCAGGGCCCUGACCGACCUCAGGAGGUGUCCUACACGGACACCAAAGUCAUCGGUAAUGGUAGCUUUGGCGUUGUGUACCAAGCGAAGCUCUGCGACACGGGUGAGAUGGUCGCCAUUAAGAAAGUACUCCAGGACAAGAGAUUUAAGAAUCGAGAACUGCAGAUAAUGCGACGGCUCGAGCACUGCAACAUAGUCAAACUCAAAUAUUUCUUCUACUCAAGUGGAGACAAGAAAGAUGAAGUGUACUUGAACCUGGUGCUUGAGUACAUUCCUGAAACGGUCUACAAAGUGGCGCGCCACUACAGUAAAUCGAAGCAGACGAUCCCAAUCAGCUUCAUAAAGCUGUACAUGUACCAGUUGUUCCGUAGCCUGGCAUACAUCCACUCACUUGGAAUUUGCCACCGGGAUAUUAAACCACAGAACCUUCUACUUGACCCUGAAACAGGGGUGCUCAAGCUCUGCGACUUUGGCUCAGCAAAGCACCUGGUCAAGGCCGAGCCCAACGUCUCCUACAUCUGCUCCAGAUACUACCGCGCCCCAGAGCUCAUCUUUGGUGCUAUCGACUACACCACCAAAAUCGAUGUGUGGAGCGCAGGGUGCGUGCUGGCUGAACUCCUGCUAGGCCAGCCCAUCUUCCCGGGCGACUCUGGCGUGGACCAGCUGGUGGAAAUCAUCAAGGUGCUGGGCACCCCCACGCGAGAGCAGAUACGAGAGAUGAAUCCCAAUUACACCGAGUUCAAGUUCCCCCAGAUAAAAUCGCAUCCCUGGCAGAAGCUGAUGCUCGAAAGAAUGUCCAUGCCCAAAAGCACCACCGAGCACCAGCGCAUCCGAGUGUUCCGAACGCGAACGCCAGCAGAAGCAAUCGACCUAGUGUCCCGGCUGCUGGAGUACACGCCUGGGUCUCGGAUCUCGCCACUUCAGGCGUGCGCCCACAGCUUUUUCAAUGAGCUCAGGGAGCCUAACACACGUCUGCCCAAUGGCAGGGAACUACCCCCUCUCUUUAAUUUCACUGAACAUGAAUUGUCAAUCCAGCCACAGCUGAAUGCAGAGCUGAUCCCGAACUACCAGCAGGAACGGUCGGGAGGGGCGGCAGGGCCAAGCGUUGCCCCUGUGGAAGCAGGCUCAUCGGUUGCGGCGGAAUCAGUGCCGACGGGGGGCGAAGCCAGCCCGACAGGUGGGGGUGUAGCCUAGGCGCCCACCAAACGCCGCCGCUCGAGCCCCCGGCAGCCAGACCAGUGUAUGCAUUAAUCUUCAGUGUCGCAACCUGUAUUUGAAAGAAAAGAAAGAAAGAAAAGAAACUAGAGCAAAGUAGCCUCCUCCUCAAUGACUUUCCUUGGAGGAAAAAUUAAGCAAAAAAAUGCGCGCACUCUUUCUCUUCGUAGGCGGUAGUGGAGGCAGCCUUUGAGGGCCCUGGCACCCCUAAGGGGCCCGUUGGGGGCUUUUUGAUAUAAAUAAACUAUAUUAUCUUGUUAGGGAGGCUGUCCGUUCUUGUUGAUUGGUUGUUGAGUUGUUGAGCUGCUGCUGAUCUUAACUCUUUCAGUUUCUCUUCUCAUUUCGAUAUAAAGCCCGUGCGUUGUCGUGUGUUUUAAAUUGGUCGCUGUACAUAAUGCUGCCCCACCAGCCCCAUUUCCCACCCUGUUCAGCCCUCACAGUUGUUUUAGUCGCAAACAGCCGCCCUUUCCCUCCUACUCCUCCUUCUCCUCCUACUUGAAAAUCGAAACCAAGUAAUUCUCAUCCCCCCACAGUCCUGGCCCCCUCCCAAGAGCAAAAGAUGUAUCUAAUCUGUUUCUGACGAAGCACCCUCACAAGUUUAAAAUUAAAAAUUGCAUUAAUCAAUUACGAUUGACAGGAAAUAAAUAUUACAAAUAAAGAUACCAAUACAUUGCUGUACAAA